UUGUAUUGAUCAUUUGCGGUUUGCUUGUAUGCUCUAGAUUGGUGUUUUUUUGUAUGAUUAAUUUGUAUGAGAAAAUUGAUGUUAAACUUUUAUUUUGAAAGAAACUUGUUAUUGUAAAUUUUUUCCACAAAAACCCACGGGUACCCAUGAACCCGCGGAUACCCAGCAGGUUGGGUUGGGUUUGAGUUUUUCAAACCCAACGAGUUUUAUCCCAAGUUUUUUUGGCAGAUAAACCCAUGAGUUUGUGUUUGACAAAACCCGCCCCAACCCGACCCAUUGCUAUCCUACUUGACAUUAGUUUCCCACGUCAGCUUUACCGUAGCUGCGUGACCUCCCUUCUCUCUCUCCCCUCUCAGUGUCUCUGGCCGUUUGCUCUUUCCUUCCUUUCUCAGAGGAGAAAAUCCCAUCCAGUCUCUCUCUCUCUCUCUCUCUCUUCAAUCACUCUGUUUUCCUUUCCUCCCCUGUUUCCUCUCCCACGGCUCAAAGUUACCAAAACUCACCCAGAAUUCAAAAACCUUCCUCCAAAAUAAAGAACAAAAGCUUUCAAUUUAAAAAUGCACACCAAGACCGAUUCGGGAGGGACGAGCGUGGACGCGACGUGGCCGCCGCGCUGCUCUCCGCCCCGCCGGCCGGUGUACUACGUCCAGAGCCCGUCCAACCACGACGUAGAGAAGAUGUCCUACGACGGCGGCUCCAGCCCCGCCGGAUCCCCGCCCCACCAUUUCUACCACUGCUCCCCAAUCCACCACUCCCGCGAGUCCUCCACUUCCCGAUUCUCCGCCUCCUUGAAAAAUCCCCGCAGCCUCUCCGCCUUGAAGCACGUCCAGCUCAACAACCACCGCCGCACCGGCCUCGACGACGAUGAGUUCGACAACGAAAACGACGAGUUCGCCGCCGUAGGCGAUCGUGGGUUCGACUCGAGCCGGCACAAUUCCAUCCGGGUCUACAUCCUCUGGCUCUGUUUCUUCUUCCUGCUCUUCACUCUGUUUUGCCUAAUCCUCUGGGGCGCCAGCAAGUCGUACGCUCCCAAAAUUUCCGUCAAGAGCAUGGUGUUCGAGAAUUUUAAUGUACAGGCAGGGAAUGACGGAACAGGGGUGCCAACAGACAUGCUCUCGUUGAACUCAACGGUCAGGAUCCACUACAGGAACCCAGCCACCUUCUUCGCCGUACACGUCACCUCCACCCCGCUCGAGCUCCAUUACUUCCAGCUCGAGCUCGCCUCUGGCCAGAUGAAGAAGUUUUCUCAGCCGAGGAAGAGCGGCCGCACGGUGGUCACCGUCGUCAACGCGCGCCAAGUCCCGAUGUACGGCGGUGUGCCGGUGCUGUCUAAUGCCUUCACCGACAUGGGCAGAGUCGCCGUCCCUCUCAACCUGACCUUCACCGUCCGGUCCAGAGCCUACAUUCUGGGGAGGCUGGUGACGUCCAAGUUCUACACCAAGGUCCGGUGCCGGCUCACCCUCCGUGGGAAUAAUCUCGGGAAAUCCCAUAACUUGACCGACGCUUGCUUCUAUGGUUGAUGAACAUGUGUAUAUGAUGUGUCUUGGUAAUGCUACAUUGCUAUUGCAUAUAUUUUUUGGGGUUAUAGCUUGUUGGUUGGUGUAAAUUGCAAUUUGGUUUUGGGGGUUUCAGAGAAAUGGAUUGUUGAAAUUAUUCUCCUUAUAACGAUGAGUGUGAAGAUGUCGUUACGCGUUCUUGGUUGUUCGAUCUGAGAAUUGGAUGGUUGUGAUUCUUGUUGGAGAUGAACUCGUGAUAGUAUCUUAUGAUUAGGUGGAGUCAUAGCCAUUUGAUUCUUGAUGGAAUAACUCAGAGCUAGUAAG